GACAACGAAGAAGAAACGCUUCCACCUUGCGUCGAAGCUUUUGUGCUAAUAUAUCCUUCGACUUCACCGAGUAAAAAUAACCGAUUCUUUGUUUUUGUUUUUUGGUGUCACUUUGUCUUUCUCGAUCCACCGACUUUCUGGAUCAUUUUUACCUUUCUGAUUUUAAUUACACAAGACCUGGGUCGACGAGGCGAGCCGUCCGGUUCCACUCCUUGAAGGACCUUCAGUCUGUGAGUUCAUCCACACAACAUUUAGUUCAUCCACACAACAUUUAUCUUAGUGUCUUUGAGAAGCCUCUGAUCCACUGAGAGCAAGCGAUCCCAUUGGCCUGAUUAACAAUGUCAGCAGUGAAUGUCUUCAGGUCUGAGACGCAUUCCUGCUUUGAUGACGCUUUACUUCUUCUCCACGUGAAAAACAUGCCAUUGUUUAUGUUGCGUUCAAUGACAACUGGGAAAUCUGAAUUUCUGAACUCUGACCAGGAAAAAAAUCAGCGACAGCACAGAAUUAAUUUCCGAAUCCUUACGUCUGAAGUGAGGUUUAUCAAUCAUGGAUUGAGAUUAUUUCAAGAUAACAUGAGGACAUUUCUGCUGAAAUGCUCAGAUCUUCUGUUGUUAUUCCUGAUUGAAACUUGAGCCUCAACCUGUAUGUUGACGACUGUUUGUUUGUAGAAAAGCAACAGCGUGAACCUGGAAGGAGCCGUGGUUUUUCACCACUUUGUUCGUGGAACAAAUGAAGGUAUAAAAUGACACCAUGUCGAGUUCCCACUGCCGAGGUCCAUCUAACGCAGCCUUAUUCAGCCAUCAAACGCCGCUGGUUCAGCCGCGGUAUUUAGCCGCUGCCGCUCUGAUGGCAUGGCAUUUGGCAGUGAAACCACGGCUCUGGAAACCGGUGUUCCUGGACCAGCUCGGUCUGACGGCUGAAUAAAUGGUUUGAAGCUUCUGGUUGUCGUGUGGGCCAUCUACUGAGUCCAGCCAUGAUGAAACCAUCUCCUCACUCUCUCUGUGUGUGUGUGUGUGUGUGUCCUAAUAACUCUCUUCAGUUCCCAGGAAGUGUUUUUGGUUGACUUUUAGGUUUUAAUUCCUCCUCUUGGCCCUUUGUGAGGACCCCUGCAGAUUUCCCUCCUGAGGUCUUUGGCAGAAGAAAUUGUUUUUUUUUUCUUCCUUUUUUCUUCAGUGUUGGUUAUCAACUGCUGAAAACAUCUGGAAGCAUGAAUGUCCAAAUUUUUCUGCAUCUUCACCAUAUGGCUUCUCCUGCAAAAUGUCCUCAGCGUGUCCAAGAAGCUGGAGGUUUUUGUCCAGACAUCAGCCCAUGUCUCUUACUUUUUAUUUUUUCAUCUUAUUUUGGAUCCUAUUUUUGAUUUUGAUUUUUUAACUUUUUGAGCAGUUUUUCCCCAUUUGUAACCUUUCUCACAAAUAAAACAAAAAAAUCUCCAAAGGACUGUAGCUUCAGUCUUCUGUAAUGUUUAGCGGUCUGUGGGAGAGCCGUGUCUCUGGACCACCCACCCCCUGUUUGCUCUUAUCUCAUGGAUCAAGUGUUCCUUCAGGACUCCAUACUGUCACGGAGACAUCCUUCCAGCUGUGCGUGAAGGAGGGCCUCGUCUUCUCAGUCCCUCAGGUUCAGUGCCCUGAAGAGAAGUCCAAGUGAAAGUUUUCCUGUUCCUGUCACUUCCUGAGAGCAGUGUUGACAUGGCCAGCCACGGCGACGACUGCUUCUUCUAUUAUUACUCCACCUGCACCAAAGGAGACCGUUGUCCUUUCAGACACUGCGAGGCUGCGAUGGGUAAUGAGACUGUCUGUACUCUCUGGCGGGAAGGACGCUGCUUUCGCGCUCUCUGCAAGUUUCGCCACAUGGAGAUCACAAAAAACCGUAAGGAGAUCCAGUGUUACUGGGAAAACCAGCCAGCUGGCUGCCAGAAGCCGCAUUGUGCCUUCUUCCAUGAAAAGCCUCGCUUCGUUGACGGGAUCUUUGUCCCGCCUGAUAAAGGUGUCACCAAGAGCAAGGAAGUGCUGCAUGAGGAUCCAGCCCCGCCCCCACCCCCAGCCAAUCCACAGCUCAGAGGAGUAAUGAAGACAGAAACCCAUGUGACCAUACCAAGCCCCACCCACCCACCAGUGGUGAUUAACCCAGCAGACGAUGAUGAGGAUGAAGACGACCAGUUCUCAGAGGAGGGAGAAGAUGGCAAAGUUGGCUCUUCCAGAAAGCUUCAAGCGGUCCGAAACUCGGGCCCACUCCUCUGUGGAGAAAUGGGGAGACCACGAGGCAGCCUUGCUGAUAGGCUUGGACACAGAACGAUCGCCAACGAUGUUAACGUGGACAACGUCCCCCAACUGAAACGGAGUCUGGCUGAGCGACUCGGCAGAGUCGUAGCUUCAGGAGAGCUUGUGGUGCCCCCUCACAGAGCAGUGAAAUCCAUCAGAGACAGACUGGAUCUGCCUGCAGAGCCGGUGACACACCUUCAGCGAGCCGGCACCAGAGAUCCCGAACAGAUUCACAUCAAAACUCUGGAGGAGAUCAGACAAGAGAAGGCCACAGAGUCUCACAGACAGAAAGACGCCCAUUCACCCAAGACCCACGUCACAAAGUCCACCAAACCCACCAGGAGCAUCAAGAGAGCCAUCACCGUCAGAGACGCCUCCAUCGGCCAGGUGAAGACUUUCUCUGAGAUCCUCCAGGCCAAGAGCAAAGAACACCAACAGCAGGACCUGGUUCCCAGCCCCAAGAAGAGCAAAAACACAGGCAGAGCUGUGGCACAAGCCCACUCUGAGGCAGACACACACGGACCUGCUCGCGAAGCCCCCGACGUCAGUGAGGUUAGAGUCAAGACCCUGGAGGAAAUCCGCAGGGAGAAGGCAGCAAGGAUUCAGGUUCAGCAUGCCCUGCAGGCGGAGAAAAGGAGUGAGGAGAGGAACCCUAGGAGUGAGGAGAGGAACCCUAGGAGUGAGGAGAGGAACCCUAGGAGUGAGGAGAGGAACCCAAGUCCACUGCUCAUCAAGAAGCUGGCUGCCCAGCCUGGAAGAGUCAUGACCUCCAAGACACACAAAAGCCUGAGUGACACAUCUGAGUCAUCUGUCUCUCCGUGUCCUCAGACCAGCCACGCUCCUGAUGUCACAGUGAAGACCUUUGAGGAGAUCAUGCGUGAGAAACGCCUCCGAAAGCAGGAAAUGGAGCGAGCAUCCUCUGUGAACAAGGAUGAAUGUCCAGCUGCGGCAGAUUGUCCUCCGGCAGCAGAUGUGACCUCAGACUCUGUGAAGCGCAGCACUUCUGUGUGGCAGGAUGAAGCUAAAACCGUCUCCCAGAGGAGCCCACAGAAGCGUCCCAGCAGCAGUAGCUCCCCAGCACCAACACCAGCCCACCGGGCCCGAACAGAUCCACACAGUCCGACUAUGGAGGAAACCCAGACUGCCACCCAGAAGUCUCCAGAUCACAGCACAGACGCUAAAGUGAGACCCAAGCUGAAUGUGAAACCAUCUGUCAUGAAGCCUGCAGGGUGCGAGAGGCCAGGCCAGAAGAAGAGAGGGCCACAGCGGUCUGCCGUGGCUGCAGUCAAACCUCUGACCAGCGCCUCCUCAGGCUGUGACCAGCCAGUACAGGAGACUGCGGCUAAUGAAGGGCAGGUUGAUUUGACCUCAAACCUGCUGACCGAGCGAGACCAGCCUGCCUCUGUCUUGAAACAUAUUCCAAGUCAAAAACCCAAGCUGAGCAUCAGUGCUGCUGCUUCCAGGGAGACGGGUGCUGUUCCUCAGAGCCCCGGACUGAAGCGUCCUGCUCAGCUGAAGUCCUCCCGAUCCUCUGUCGGCGGUGCAGCAGCUCCCCCAGUGGACGACUUUGACGACCUCAUCAACGAGUUCACUGAAGGUGAUCUGGAAGAUGAUCUGGACCCCGACAUCGGAGAGGACGACCUGCUGCUGGAGCUGUCAGAAAUGAUUGACAGCUGAGUGUCACUUGGUGUAGUACUUUGGUCCUGUGUACUGAGUACACACUGUGUGUAAAUAGGAGUGAAGCAGGAAAAAAAGUUUUGACUGUAACAGAGUCACUUCCCACAGGAUUCAAACCGUCACACGUGCAGACAGCACAUGAUGAUUACAGGGCGGGGCAGUGGUCACAUGAUGGCUGUGUGGCUUCAGUCUCCAGACGGUGGCGCUCUUGCUGCCAAAAUGCUUCAUGGAUUUUCAUCAUUUCAUUUUUUAAAGAUGAGCACAAAUAAUUUUUCAGGCCAGAAACUGUUUUUGUCUGUCAGACGGAGGAGAAAAAGAACCAGAGGUCGUGACCUGAAGUGGCGUUCAGAGGUAGAGGGUCGGUCGGGACGGAGGUUCUUCAGAAAGUUCCUUUGACUGACCGUCUGGAGUUGUGUUGGUUUUGGGCCUCAGUCCUGCCCGUGUCCUGGAGCCUCUCUGGUUCUGUUGGUAACAGCAGGAUGGUUCCUCCUGGAGGUACUGAGGCUGUCCCGCUCACUCCGCUCAAUCUGUGUCUCUGUUCUUCAUCCUUUGGUGAUGACAAACAUCCACCUGGCUGAAGGUCCAACAGUCAGGACCACAGCAAACCUGUUCCCUCAGGGACAGUACCAUCAGGUUCCUGCCCCCUGACUGCUGCAUGGCUCUGGUGUGUUCUGUAGAAGACGGGGACAGGUGGACGUCCUUCAUCCAGUCCAGCUAGCGGGAAAAAAGCCCUGAAAACAUUUGAUUUCUUUGUCGUUUUUUUCUCCUGCUUAUUUUAACGUCAUUAACUUUUAUUUGAUUUUAAUGUUUCCACACUGUCUCCUUUUGUUUCAUGUAAUAAAUCCUGUUUUAUUUAUAGA